CUGGCUGUAAGGACAGUUAAUAAGACAACAGGGAUGAGAAAUCAUACGGCAAUAACAACAUUCAUCUUGCUGGGGCUGACACAUGAUCCUAAACUACAAGUUCUCCUUUUUCUGUUUUUGUUCCUCACCUACGUGUUGAGCGUGGCUGGGAACCUCACCAUUAUCGCUCUCACGCUCUUGGGUCCUCAUCUUAAAACGCCCAUGUACUUUUUUCUCCGAAACUUUUCUUUCUUAGAAGUCUCGUUCACCACUGUAUGUAUCCCCAGGUUCCUGUACAUGAUGGCUUCUGGAGACAAUACCAUUACUUACAAUGCCUGCGCUGCUCAGUUGUUUUUCAUUGUCUUCUUUGGAGCAACAGAGUUUUUCCUCCUGGCAGCCAUGUCCUAUGACCGCUAUGCAGCCAUCUGCAAGCCCCUGCAUUACACCAGCAUCAUGAACAACCGAGUUUGCGCAGCUCUCGUCCUCUCCUGUUGGUGUGCUGGCCUGUUGGUCAUCCUCCCGCCUCUUGGCAUAGGCCUCCAGCUGGAGUUCUGUGACUCCAAUGUGAUUGAUCAUUUUGGCUGUGAUGCCUCUCCCAUUCUGCAGAUAACCUGCUCAGACACGGCGUUUCUAGAGAAAAUGGUCCUGGCGUUGGCCAUACUGACACUCAUCUUCACUCUAACGUGUGUUGUUCUGUCCUACACACACAUCAUCAAGACCAUUUUAAAGUUCCCUUCUGCCCAGCAGAGGAAGAAAGCCUUUUCCACUUGCUCUUCCCACAUGAUUGUGGUUUCCAUCACCUACGGCAGUUGCAUCUUCAUCUACAUCAAGCCUUCAGCAAAGGAAGGGGUGGCCAUCAAUAAGGUUGUGUCUGUGCUCACAACAUCAGUGGCCCCUCUGCUUAACCCGUUCAUUUAUACACUUCGAAACAAGCAAGUCAAAGCAGCUUUCAAAGACACCGUAAAACGAAUUGUAUUUCUCACAAAGAAGUAA